UCAUCUCCUUCACGGCUUCACCCCUACCACCUACCUAGCUCGUGUGUGCCAUCUGGAUCUGAAUCUAGCUCCCUCCUCCAUCCCUAUAUAUAAGCCCACCCGUUGCCGAGAGGAAAUCAUUAGCCAGAGUCAGAGUUCAGCAACACUCCUUCACCACACUUCGUUCGCUUCCAACUAUCUCCACACCACAGAGAGAGAGAGAGAGAGAGAGAGAGAGAGAGAGAGAGAGAGAGAGAGAGAGAGAGAGAGAGAGAGAGAGAGAGAGAGAGAGAGAGAGAGAGAGAGAGAGAGAGAGAGAGUGGUGAAGCAAAGAUGAAGCUUAUGGGGAGCCGGAGGAGUGGAGGAGGCCUGAGCAGGAGCCUCAAGGAGCACAGGGCCAGGCUCUACAUCAUCCAGCGCUGCGUCGUCAUGCUCCUGCGCUGGCACGACUGACUCCCUCGCUCCAUGGAUGGAUGGACGGAUGGCUCCGUCCUUCCAUUCCAUGGAUGGUGUUUGAAGCAAGCAAGGAUAUACUUUUUGAUUUUGGGUCUGUAGGAAGGAAGGUGUACGCACUCGCAGUUAGUACUUGUACAUAAGAGGUCAGUUGAUUAUAGAAGUAGAAGUAGCAGCUAAGCAAUAGGAUCGAUCUAGUGUUGGUUGAUUCACCACCUCCUCUGUCCUCGACCCCCUUCAGCAAGUGUGUCCCAUUGUACAAUUACAUCAGUGCCAAAUACUGGAAUGCAAUAUAGGCUGAAAGAGAAGGAAUAAUCAGUGGAUC